AUGGCUCAGAACAACAACCUCCCAGCAAACUUGUCCGUGUUACGUCAUCAAGACGAUCACAUCACAAACCACAUUUGGGAAGGAAACGAGAGGGUCCUCCGACCACGACGCCAUUCUAUCUGGAUACUAAAACAUACUGAUCUUAUUGACCCUAGGGUUAGAAUGGUAAUUGAUGCAGCUGGUUUUGGUCACGUUCUGAAAGUGAGUAAUAUGGAAAUUAACCACCUAAUGGUAACAGCAUUAUGUGAAAGGUGGAGGACUGAAACUCACACCUUCCACAUGCCACUCGGAGAAACAACUGUUACCCUGGAAGAUGUUUCACUACAACUGGGGAUGCCAAUUGAUGGUGAACCUGUCACCGGUGGAACUUCAGGAAACCUACUACAACUGUGUCAAGAUUUAUUGGGGGAUAUUCCUCCCGAAAAUAUGUUUACAGGUAACCGAAUAAAGCUAUCAUGGCUGAAUAGCAGAUUCCGAGAAUUACCGGAUGACGCAACACUGGUUACAGUUGGACAGUAUGCACGAGCACACAUCCUCAUUUUGAUUGGAUGCAUGUUGAUGCCUGAUACAUCAGCCAGUCUCGUGCAUUUUAUGUUCUUGCCAUUGUUAGCAGAUUUGGAGCAUAUUUCAAAUUUUAGUUGGGGUUCCGCAGUAUUGGCAUGCCUCUAUCGUGCACUGGAUCACAGCACAAAAUUCCAUCAAGACAACAUUGGUGGAUGCAUGUUAUUGCUCCAGUGUUGGGCAUGGGAGAGAUUUACAUGCAUCUCUCCAGAAAUACAAGCAGUCACGGAGGACGAGAUUGUGGCUGGGCUUGCGUUUCCCUUAAGUGUGAGAUGGUGUCGGCAAACACGUUCUCUGUUCCAUGACCAAACAACUGUGGUUGGCUUCCGGAAAAAAUUUGAUCAAAUUCAACCAAAGCAGUUUUUAUGGACACCAUAUCGACAGCCACAUGUUAAUCGCAUGAUAAUAAUAAAUGUUUCUCCAAUUAGUCGGGCCUUGGUUCCUCUUAUUUGUUUUGCGACGGUUGAAUUUCACCAAGUUGACCGGGUAGUUAGACAGUUUGGUUGGCGACAAAACAUUCCAUCCGACCCGAUGAACCUGGAUGAGGGCGAACCUUUCACCAAAAGCGGUCAUCUGCGUGAUAACUCGCCCUACAUGCAAUGGUACAUAAAUCAUACCAUCCGGUAUAUCACGACUAAUGCACAAUCAUCCGAUGAUGAAUAUGACAUGCCGGAGCAAUAUCAGAAUCCGCCUUCACAUCAGCAGUUUCGUCCGGAUACACCCUUUUCCGGCCUCCUUCACUCACAAAAUGUAUCUGCUGGAUUUGGGAAUUGGGAUCACAGAAUGCAUCCUCCAUCGUCAUCUCAACAGGUUCCCAGUUCAUAUGGUUUUUUUCCAGCACCUUCAAACUUUGGAUCAGGUCCAGCGCAAUGUUAUGGUGGUUCAGGUGGCCCGUAA